AUGACCACGCCCUCUCUCUCUAACGGUGUGCGCGCCGAGGUCCCGCUCGUCAACGGGGUCAAUGGCACCCGUACACCAAGGUCUCGUCCAGUUAAUGUCUUGAAAUUUGGCGGAACUAGUGUUGGAAAAUUCCCUUUGGAUAUUGUCAAUGUCGUCAAAUCUUGUUCCUUGGACACCGAUGUUGCAAUAGUCUGCUCAGCAAGAUCGAGCAGCACCAAGGCCGCAGGCACGACGAACCGUCUGUUGCGGGCGGCAGCCGAGGCAGAGAACCACCGAUCCCAAGAUUUCAAACGGUUAAUCCAAGAUGUUCGGGCCGAUCACUUGGGGGCUGCUGAAACGUACAUACAGUCCGAGAAGAUACGGACGCAGUUACGGGCACGGUUUGAAGAUGAGUGUUCGUUGGUGGAGCGGAUAUUGGAGGCUGCCCAGACUUUGGGCGAGACGAGUCCCAGAUCCAGAGACAAGGUUAUGAGCACAGGCGAAAAGCUCAGCUGUCACUUCAUGGCAGCACUGCUGCAGGACCGAGGUAUUGACGCCGAGUUCGUCGACCUGGCGGACGUGAUUGAUUUCAAUGUCUCCCACGGUCUGGACCAGCAAUUCUACGACAACAUGGCAUCGAAUUUGGCAAAACGGCUCCAAGACAUCCCUUCUGGGGUGGUGCCCGUAAUUACAGGAUACUUUGGCGCCAUCCCGAGAGGUUUGUUGAUGACAGUUGGUCGAGGAUACACCGACCUGUGUGCCGCCCUCGUUGCCGUCGGCAUAGGAGCCAACGAGCUACAAAUAUGGAAAGAAGUGGAUGGCAUAUUUACGGCUGACCCGCGCAAAGUCCCGACAGCGCAACUGAUUCCUCGGAUAAGCCCAGCAGAGGCUGCUGAACUCACAUUUUACGGAUCCGAGGUCAUUCACCCUUCCACCAUGGACCAGGUCAUCCGAGCACGGAUACCUAUUCGGAUAAAGAACGUGAUGAAUCCACGAGGAGGGGGCACCAUCGUCUAUCCAGAUUCUCCGUCAGAGCUGGCCUCCAAGUCGGCAGGGCACGACCCCACGCUCUUCCGUUCGAGGAGCCCUAGCCAGCUCUCGGAGGGUGAGACGCCGAAGCGCCCGACAGCAAUUACCAUGAAGCACAAGAUCUUGGUCAUGAAUAUCCACUCCAAUAAACGAGCAUUGUCCCAUGGGUUCUUCGCCGGAAUCUUUGCCACCCUCGACAAGUGGCGAUUGUCGGUCGAUGUCAUUUCCACCAGCGAGGUGAAUAUGUCUAUGGCCUUGCAUUCGGAAGCGCCCCUCUACACGGGCGGAGGCGAUGACGAAUACCAGAUCGUGGAUCAGGAUCUUCGGGGCGCGAUCGAGGAAUUGCAAAACUUUGGGACUGUGGACAUCAUUCCGGAAAUGGCGAUUGUCAGUCUCGUCGGGAAGCAGAUGAAGAAUAUGAUCGGCAUUGCUGGAAAGAUGUUCUCGACCCUGGGCUCGAAUCAUGUGAACAUCGAAAUGAUCUCGCAAGGGGCUAGUGAGAUCAACAUCUCUUGUGUGAUUGCAGAACGCGACGCCGAUCGAGCUUUAAACAUCUUGCACACCAACUUGUUUACCUUCCUCGAACCCUGA